UUGAGUAACAACGAACUUUACGGUGAGCUACCACCGACAUUGGGUCUAUGUAGAAAUUUGACGAGCUUGAUGAUCUCCAACAAUAAAAUCUCUGGUGCCAUACCACCUCAUCUUGGAAACCUGACGCAAUUGCGAAGACUUGACCUCUCUUCAAAUGAUAUUGUUGGGGAAAUUCCUAAAGAACUAGGAAAAUUGAAAUUGCUGCUAGAGCUUUCAUUGGACUGCAACCUUCUUGCAGGCCACAUCCCUCAGGAACUUGGAGCAUUGUCCAGUCUGCAGAAACUCAACAUUGCAGCAAACAACUUGACUGGCUCAAUUCCUACCCAACUUGGGGAGGACUCCAACCUUCUAUUCUUAAAUUUUAGCAUGAAUAAUCUAGAAAGGAGUAUUCCCAUUGAGAUCAGGAAUCUUCAAUCUCUUCAACAUCUCGAUCUGAGUCGAAAUUUGCUUACGGGAGAAAUACCUGGACAACUUGGGAGAUUGCACGUAUUAGAAAUACUCAAUCUCUCACACAAUCAGCUAUCGGGUUCAAUUGCGUCGACCUUUGAUGGUAUGACAAGCUUGACAUCCAUCGACAUAUCAUACAAUGAGUUAGAGGGUCCUUUGCCAAACAUUCCUGCCUUUCAUAAUGCAACAAUUGGAGUUGUGAGAGGGAACAAACGCUUGUGUGGAAUUAUUGCUGGUCUCAGCCCCUGUAUGGCAACAACGUCGAAAGGCAGAAACAAAAAUGAAAAGUUGCUGCUAGUUUUGAUCCCUACUUUGGGUUGCCUACUAUCUUUGCUUCUUGUUGUGGGAGCUUCAACUAUUGAACGCCGAAGAGUGAGGAAAACAGGGGCUAGUUCAAUUGAUGGAGGCAAUGAAAACCCAUGGGCAAUAUGGAGCUUUGACGGAAGAAUGGCUUAUGAGAGCAUUAUUGAAGCCACGGAGGAGUUCGAUGCCAAAUAUUGCAUCGGUAUGGGAGGAUAUGGGAGUGUCUACAAGGCCCAGUUGCAAACAGGUGAGACUAUUGCAGUGAAGAAAUUUAAGGAAGCAGUGGACGUAGAAAUUGCUAGUCGAAAAGCAUUUGAAAGGGAGAUUUAUGCUCUGACCGAAACUCGGCAUCAGAAUAUCAUUAAGCUCUAUGGCUUUUGCUCGAGUUCUCGACAUUCAUUUUUGGUGUACGAGUUCUUGGAAUCUGGCAGCUUGAAGGAUGUACUGAAUAAUGAAGAGAGGAUGGCAACAUUUGAUUGGAAUAAGAGAGUGAAUGUUGUUAAAGGUGUGGCUUAUGCUUUGUGCUAUAUGCACCAUGAAUGCUCUCCUCCUAUAAUUCAUCGAGACGUAUCGAGCAAGAACGUUUUACUGGAUGCAGAAUACGAAGCUCACGUCUCUGAUUUUGGCACGGCUAAGGUUCUACAAUCUUAUUCAUCCAAUUGGACUUCAUUUGCAGGCACCUUUGGAUAUGCAGCUCCAGAACUCGCAUACACAAUGGAGGUGAACCACAAAUGCGAUGUUUAUAGCUUCGGAGUGGUGACACUAGAAAUAAUCAUGGGAAGACAUCCUGGCGAUCUCAUAUCUUCUCUUGCAUCCUCAUCUUCAUCAUCCUUGCGCCAUUCAACAGCUUCUUGGCCACUGAAAGAAGUGUUAGAUCAAAGAAUUCCAUUCCCGGAAGGUGGUGUGCUCGGGGAAUUGGCUUUCAUGACAAAGAUGGCAUUUUCGUGCUCAAGUCCCAAACCAGAGCAUCGUCCAAGCAUGCAACAAGUUUCUCGAGCGAUAUCGGCACAUAACUCAAUCGUGUUAAGCGCAUCGGAGGACAUCAAAUUGGAAGAGCUAAUUGAUCCUACAUGCUUCACUUAUUGAGAUGUUUUGGUCUUUCUGUUGCAGCCUGUGCAGCAAGCUGUCUCCUGUAUUUUAUUUAUCUUAGUCAACUUCAUUAUCUAUCUUUGCAAUGUAUUAUUAAUUAAUGCAAAGCACUUAAGAUUCACUGC